AUGGACGAAAUUACAGCUCGAAUAAUCUCCAACCUCGAGACCCAGUCGCCAAUUUCAGAGUCGUUUCUGAAAGAUCUAGGUACCCUGUUAGAUUACACUCUGAAAACCAACGACCCAAUUGAUCUUGAGAAUCUGUACAGUGAACUGUCUGCAAGAAAUCUUUCACUCAGUUCCCUCGCUAAUGAAGUUUCCUCCGCCAUGGAUACUGGGCUCAGCUCCAGUAUUUCCAUUUUGGCAUCAAAAGUCUAUCUUUCUCUCCUUUUAUCCCCCAAUUCACCAGUUUUCACGUUGUUUACUCCAAUGGCUUUUCUCAGCCUCCUUCGUGCCAUACGCUUGGCCAUCAAGAAACCUUCUUCGGUUUCAAGUGAAGGGUCAGUGAUUCGAAGCCUGGGGAAAAAGAAGAAGGGAAAGAGGAAUAAUUUGGGGAAUAAGAAAGGCUCAGGAAAUAGGGAAUUUGCAGCGAGUUCUGCUGAAGAAGGAGAUUUUGAUGUUGGGGAUUUAUUCACAUUGCUCGAAAAGUUGAUACAUGUGAUGGAUUUGGUCCACUUGGACCGUUUUCCAGAUUGUUUGAAGGCUUUGGUUCAGACCGUGUGUGAGAUCCCAAUGACGGCUGUGGAGAAUUGGGGAAAUUUGGGGAGUUUUAAGAGGUUAUGUGAAUUGUCUUCGGAAGUCUUAAGUGAAGCUUUGAAAGCCGAGCACGGGAUUCAAGGAGAUACUGCUGCCGAGGUAAUGAAGGCGUUAGCCCCGUUAAUCUUGUCCUCUAAAACACAAGUAAGGAGUUUUGCUUUGUGUUUUGUGGUAAUUAAAACGAUAAAGAUGGGUGAAAACUCAGAUGGCAUCAAGAAGGCAGUUGCCAACAUGCCUAAAUAUUUGGUACAAAAAUCUCCAGAACGGGCCGAUCCAAGGGCUUUAGCAGUCGAGUCAAUUAUUGAAAUUGUUAAGGCCUUGGAUUCUGAGCAUCAGGUAAAAUUUGCUGAUUACGUGGUGAAGAUGAGCCAAGGGAAGGGGCAGUUGAGGCUUUUAUCAGUGGAUUUAAUACCCGUUUUAAUUAUGUCGGUGAAGGGUCCUUUCGGGUUCGACUCAGCUGAGGGUGAAGGGGACUCAUGGGGUCUGAGGCUAUUGGAAACACUUAUUCAGCGUUGUUCUGAUUUGACGGCUGCUAUUAGAGCAAGAGCCUUAGCAACUUUAGCUCAGGUGGUUGUGUCCUUGUUGGGAGAUGAUAAAAAUCGAGUAUUGUUGAAAGAGGUGAUGGGAUUUGGGCAUGAAAGGGUUGGUGGGGUUAACAAGAUUCUUAAGCUAAGAUGUAUGGAUGAGAAAGCGGCCGUUCGAAAGGCGGCUCUCGUACUCAUAUCAAAGUUGAUUGCACUUUUAGGAGGCGAAGUUGAUGAGGAGCUGCUAAAGACAGUGGGCAUGGCUUGCUCGGAUCCACUUGUUAGCAUUAGGAAAGUGGCAACAUUGGCCAUGUCCGAGGCCUUUAGGACAUACUCGAACUGCUUUGUGACCAAGGAAUGGAUGCAUUCUAUCCCACGUUUAAUCAGUGAUAACGAAACCAGCAUCCAAGAAGAAUGUGAGAACCUUUUCCUUGAACUAGUUCUCGAUCGCAUAUCAAGAGCUGGAUCAAACUUUUCAGCUGAACAUGAUACUAUUGCUCGUGAUACAAAAGGGGAAAAACAUAGCUUCAGUAUGGAAGACUCUGAAUCCUUAUAUCCAGAAGGAGUCUUAAUUUUGUUGAAAGAGGUCUGUGAUGCUGAGGUGUCACCUUGGGUGAGAAAAAUCUGCUCGAGCCUGGGGAAAAAGAAGAAACUCCACAAGAAAAUUGCUACUGCACUUCAGAACAUCAUUAAGAAAUCCGAAUCUCAAUGGCUGAGCCAUUCCAUGCCAAUCCAGAAGUGGACAGCACCACCUGGCGUCUGGUUUCUCUUGUCAGAAGUAUCUUCAUUUCUUUCUAAAUCAAUUGAAUGGGAAUUCUUGAAGCAUCAUUGGCAGCUUGUUGACAAGUUUAAGCCAGUUAGCAAGGUUCAAAGCCCUUGUGCACAGGGAUAUGAGGAUGAUGUGGAAAUGGUUGAUGUUGAGUCUAGUUCUGUUGAUUGGGUGAAGGAUCGUGUUUACCUCUUACAGACGAUUUCAAAUGUUUCUAUGGAAUUACCCCCAGAACCUGCUGCAGAUCUUGCACAAAAUUUUCUCAAACGGCUUGAGAGGUUUAAUAUGCAUUCGACUGAGGUUAAUGCCCAUGUAAAAGCACUCAGAACCCUGUGCAAAAGGAAGGCCUUAAACCAAGCAGAGGGCGACUACCUUGUAACAAGAUGGGUGGACCAGCUUCAAUCUAAAGCCUCCAAAGUUCUAGAUUCGUACAUGUCAAAAUUAACAGGUUCCGAUAAAGAGAACGCUUUUCUCACCCCACAUAACACGGGGAGUCGUAAAACACCAAGAAAAACCGAUUCGAAGUUAUUAGCUAAAGCAGUUAUUGCUGUUUACACUAUUGGAUCACUGGUUAUAGUCUGCCCUUCAUCCGAUUUAAAGACUAUUGUUCCAACCAUACACACCAUAAUCACUUCAAGAAGUUCAGAUUCUAAAUCUAGCAACUUACCUGGGCUUGUAGUUGAUAUAAAGCAGAUUGCCCCGUCAUUGUAUAUACAAGCGUGGCUCACAAUGGGAAAGAUUUGCUUAGCUGAUGGGAAACUUGCUAAACGUUAUCUUCCUCUGUUUGUGCAGGAGCUUGAAAAGAGUGAUUGUGCUGCACUUCGCAAUAACACAGUUGUCAUGAUGGCAGAUUUCUGUGUGCGGUACACAGCAAUGGUUGAUUGUAUCAGCUUAAAAGUUUCAUCAUUUAUCUUUUUGAUAAAAUCUUUGCUACAGAGGGAUUACGUGAAGUGGAGAGGUGUGCUUUUCCUCAGAUUUCUACUAUGCUUGGUUGACGAGUCAGAGAAAAUACGGCAGCUAGCAGAUUUCCUCUUUGGGAACAUCUUGAAAGCAAAGGCUCCGCUUUUAGCUUACAACAGCUUUGUGGAAUCUGUAUUUGUCCUAAACGACUGUAAUGCGCACACUGGACGCAGCAAUUCGAACAGUGCGCGCAAUGAGAACCGUCUCUUCUCGAUUAGAGGAAAUGAUGAGAAGUCGAGGUCGCAAAGAAUGCACAUUUACACGACGUUGCUUAAACAAAUGGCGACAGAGCACCUUUUGGCCACGUUUGCCAAAGUGUGCGCUGAGAUUCUUGCUGCUGCAUCUGACGGUAUGCUCUCUCUUGACGAUAUUACAGGCCAGGCUGUUGUUCAGGACGCCUUCCUUGUCCUGUCGAGCAAAGAAAUCCGAAUCCAGUCGAGCCACGGCCCAUCAUCAUCAUCCUCGGAGGCAGUGGACAUGGAGGAUGAAGGCCCAGACAGCAACCCGAGAGGCGGUCGGGCCAUAACCCAAGCCGUGCGCAAGAGCCUCGUUCAGAACGCGAUUCCGAUCUUCAUCGAGCUGAAGCGCCUGUUGGAGAGCAAGAACAGCCCACUUAUGGGGUCUCUCAUGGACUGCCUGCGGGCCCUGCUCAAGGAUUACGAGAACGAGAUAGACGAGAUGCUGGUGGCUGACCGGCAGCUCCAGAAGGAGCUUGUGUAUGACAUGCGCAAAUACGAGUCGACCAGAGACAAAUGCACGCAGGGGGAUUGUGGGGCAACGGUGAGGUCCGUGCUGCGGGAGGCAAAUGGCACGCCGCUGGGGGCAAUGAGUGUGCCCAAGCUCAAGACGAAGACGGGCGGUGAUGGCAGUGGUGGGGGGAGGAUGGCGGCGGCGCCGGAGGUCAUGGAGUCUAUCAAGAGGCGGCAGUGUUUUGAUUCUGAUGAUGAGAGCUGA